AGCUCUCUCUAUUCGUAAGAUUAUCUUUUUUUUUUCUACACCGGAGAUUGAAUCAGAUUUCUAUUUUUUUUUCUAUUUCGACGUAUUCUUUAAUUGUGAAAAUGAAUGCUCUUCAUCAAAAAUGUGCCGUUUGUGGACGUUUUACUACCGAAUUCAAUUACAGUGUAUUGUCAUGUAAUUCGUGUAAAAUAUUCUUCCGCCGUCUUAUUGUUCGGACAGUCCCAAUUAAAAAAUGUUUCCGUGGGGAACGUUGCUUUGAAAAAACCCCAUAUAUAUUCAAAUGUACAUCUUGCCGAUUUCAAAAAUGCCUAUAUGUUGGAAUGACUCUUCCGUCAUAUCUUCUAGUCCUUGAGCAAAACAAAGAACAACGCUUGGCAAUCACAAUUGAUUGCGUGAGAAAUACGCACAAUAAACGGAUGGAUAGUUUAUUUAAUUUCUUUGUGACUGAAAUGAACCCAAACGUGGACGACAUUGUCGAAUUAAACAAAAUUACUUAUACCAAAAGGGAUGAACAUAUUCGAAUGGAUUUUCAAACUUGGGCCUUUCACAGUUGCGUCACUACUAUUGAUUUUAUGAAGCAGUUCCCAUUUGUUAAUCUUCUACGAUCGACUGACCAGAUGAUCUUAUUGAAAGAAAGUUACGUGAAGUUGGGUGCACUGAUUAGUGCCACAAGAGCUUAUUCAUCUAAAAAGCAAUGCAUAUCAUUUCCCGAUGGAACUGAUUGUCUGCCAAAAACCCAAUGGACUGUGCCGAAAAUAUCUCCAAAUUUAGAAAAUCGAAUCAGAUGUCGUGUGAUAGAUAAACUUAGAGAGCUAAAUAUACAAAACGAUGAAUUUUAUUUAUUGAGUGUCUUACUGUUUUGUAAUCCAGCAAUCACAAAUCUUUCCGAAAACGGGCAACUUUUGUUAACUUCAUACCAGAAAAUGUACAGUUCGGCUCUUCUCUAUUAUUGCCUUCUUACUUACCAAAAAUCGGGACCAUCUAGAUUUUCUGAACUUCUUGGCUUAUUCACUCUACUUGGUCAGCACUACGAUGAUAUUAUACAUUAUUAUGUACUUAUGCAAUUAAAUCAAUCCGAAGUUGAGUUGAAGAAAUUGGUAAAGGAUGGCAUUGAAGCAGCAUAUAAAAGUUAAAUAAUUGUGUUUGUUUUUCUUUUAUAAGAGUAAAUGUGUUUUUGAAA